GUCAUAUGCAUCAACGGUGACAAAAUCAGCCGUAUGACGAUAUCGGGCUUACUCUGCCCUUCUCGAUUAUCUGUCCAAAAUUGCCAGGCGAGGACUGCCACCAGCACACCGUCGAUUCCAAGAUAUGACAACAUACGCGGAAUACCAAGCCAUAGCGAAAGCCUACGACGAAGAUAAAUUGGCCACGUGUUCCAGUCUCUACUUCUGGGUGUUCCUGCGACUUAACAAACCUUUGAAGGACUUACACGUCUUGGACGCCGGGUGCAGGACAGGCAAAUACGCCCUGGCGAUGUUGGAGGCUGGUGUUGGCCAUGUGACCCUCAUGGACGAGCAUCACAUCUUCCUGGAGAAGGCCAUGGAGAGGUGUCAGGCAUAUCUGGACAGUGGCCGCGCCACCGCGACGCUAUGCUCUCUUCCCAAGCUACCUUACGAGGAAGGAACUUUCGACUGUGUCAUGGUAAAUAACACCUUCCACAGAAAUCCCCUGAAGCAUUCAAAACACUCUUACUUCCAAACAGUCGUACUUGAGGCCCGCAAAGCCUUAAAGCCAGGCGGUCUACUCCUCAUAAAUAUGACCUUUCCGAACCAGUAUCAGCAUGGAUACUGGUACUUCCAUCUAGCACAAAAUGCGAUGAAGUUUUUCGUCGAGAAUCAGCUCACCCAAGACGAAACAUUAGAAAUGCUGAAGUCAUCAAUGCUAAUAGACUCACAGAUUGUCGUUGACACCACAGCAUUGUACAUCCCAGAAGAUUUGUACUUUGAUCCCAACGGCCCUCUGAAUGAAAGAGUUAGUGGAGCAGAUUCCUUUUGGGAUAAACUCACCGAUUCCGAAAAAGGUAAGAUUGAAAAAAAGAUUCGGAGAAUGAGGAAGGCUGGUACAAUGAGGGAUUAUAUUCGGAUGAAGGAUAUGGACAGGACCAAGGUUGGCCAAGUGAGUCUGGUGCUGGCCUCUAAACGACUGGAAACAGAAGCGGCACCACUGUGGUAAGGCUACCUUGCCUCUUGAUGGCCGCAUCAAACAGUAACUACUGCAUAUUUCGAUGCAUUUGAUGCCUCACGAAGAUGAAACGAAGUCGGAAAUAGUUCAAAUUACGGUUACCCACUAACGCUACCGUUAGCCAUGUUAGCGUCCAUCAUUGUUAUUUCUUUCAGUUGGUAAGAGUGAAGGUCAGUCCUCUUGCACAGGCCACCCCAUAUCUUGCCUAGGAUAUAGGUUGACAGGCCGCAUACAUGACAAAUCAUUUCGCAAACAAAAACAGACACCAAAAGAGUAUAUAUUCAUUUAUACUUAUAUUUGCUUUAAUAUUGUACAUAGGUAUAGAUACUUAGUAAUAUAAAAUGUAGUCUUUUCGAGUAAUACUUUUGAACGGUUUGAUAAACCUGUAUCAUAUACGAGACAACCAACUACGCAUGAUUUUUGCUCGUUUGCAUGAAACAGAGAUCCCUCAUCAGUAUGAAGGAACAAACUCGGAGUGUUCAUUGCAGAGUAAAAACUGCUUCCCACGUAACUUUAAAACAACAGAGAAUUGAGUGGAAUGUCUGGACGUUUCGAAUACUUAUCACAUUUGGUUUAACCGGCUAUGUCUCCGCAAAACAGGAAAGAACUUAAAAUUAUUUUACCUGGACAAUUGAUAGUUAUGAGUCUGACUGAUCGAACGAAUCUAUCAUAUCAGUGGUUAGUUAUGAAUUUAUGAGAGAAAAAACUUCUUGAGGAAAAAUGAACGCUAUUCAUCUGAAAAAUUGAAAUGUCUUCAGUCAUUCAUUCCUGAGACGACAAUAAAGUGUGAAGCGCGAGUGACAAUAUGACGAUUGAGAUAACCGUUGAAAUAUAGCCCUGAGGAUAUUGAAAACUAGUUAACUCACUCAGGCCAAUCGUACAGCCGGUGUAUUACAGGAAGGGAGAGUCCCAGUGGCACUUGUUAUGUUGGGGGAGCAAGGUACUAAAGUUACAACCUUAUUCACGGUUUUCUUGGCCGAAGGAACUGACCACCGUAUUCACAAGGAGUUUAGUCAAUGGACGCUUCUUUCCUGUAAUACGUAUACACAGAGUCCAC